AUGCCGGACCAAGAAGAUGAACCAGUUCUUAAUCGCCAGUCUCCGGGGCUCAUGGCGCCAUUGACCAACCAUGCAUCCUGGAAGUUAACGCAUCAAGAUGGUAUCCCCAAAUUUACAGCGGUUUCAGCAUCAUCCAAUGUAGAUAAUAAGUUUACCAGCGAACAUGAAAAUUCGCUUCACAGGCUUCCUUCGCUACACCAUCGAUCGAUCGAGUAUGCAAUGCAACCACCUUGCAGUCCGGAUGACGAAGAAGAAUGUGCAGCUCGCCCAUUUCAGCGAAAAACGAGUCUCGACACAGAUUCCAAGCGAAAGAAAGGUUCAAAAUACGAAAAAGUGGACGAUUUAGGUGUUUGCAAGAUGCAUCGUUUUACCUUGUAUGAGACAGCAACUCGUUUUUACAUAGUUGGAGCUGAUGUAAUGGACAAGAAGUUUCGAAUCCUUAAAAUUGAUCGUACUGCUGACAAAGGAGAACUACAUAUAGCGGAAGAUCAGAUCGUAUAUACUAAAAAUGAAAUGAGCCAGCUGCUUAAUACGAUCGAUGAUGGAAAUAAAUCUACAGGGGGUAUGAAGCUACGAUGCAGUACAUGGGGCUUGUUAGGCUUUAUACGGUUUACAGGAAUUUAUUACAUGCUUGUGAUCACCAAAAGAAGUCAAAAGGCAAUGGUUGGUGGUCAUUAUAUUUAUUCCAUCGAUGGAACUGAGCUUAUACCUCUAACAACUGGUUCCAAAUCCCGAUUUAAGCCAGAGGCUAGAACACCAGAAGAAACUCGCUUCCUCAACAUUCUCGGAAACUUGGACUUAACUAGGUCCUUUUACUUCAGCUAUUCCUACGAUAUCACACGCACCCUACAGCAUAACAUCGUUACAGAGAGAGAAUUUGUUGCUCAAGGUAAAACUUUUCCACACAACUUAAAUUAUAAUCAAAUGUUUAUGUGGAACGAUUAUCUACUUAAGCCUGCACUUGAUAUGCUGAAAAAUACAUAUGACUGGUGCCUUCCAGUUAUUCACGGUUACAUUAACCAGUCUGAUCUCGAUGUUUACGGAAGAAAUGUCUUUAUCACGGUCAUUGCUAGACGCUCAAGACAUUUUGCAGGAGCACGCUUCUUAAAGCGGGGUGUCAAUGACCAGGGCUAUGUCGCAAACGAUGUUGAGACCGAGCAGAUAGUAUCAGAGGUACUUACCACAUCAUUUCAUGCCCCAGGACCUAGGCUCUUUGCGAAUUCAAAUUUUACUUCUUAUGUUCAGCAUCGGGGUAGUAUUCCGCUUUACUGGACUCAAGAAAAUACAGGAGUAACACCUAAACCGCCCAUCGAGCUUAAUUUGAUUGAUCCAUUUUACUCAGCGGCAGCGUUACACUUUGAUAAUUUAUUCGAGAGGUAUGGAGCCCCGGUUUAUGUCCUAAACCUUGUUAAGUCACGAGAAAGAAUGCCCCGAGAAUCCAAGUUGUUAGACGAAUUUACAGAUGCUAUUAACUAUCUCAAUCAAUCUCUUCCUGUAGACAAGAAGAUUAUACAUAAAGCAUGGGAUAUGAGUCGGGCCUCAAAAAAUCCAGACCAAGAUGUUAUUGGUACACUGGAAAGCAUUGCCGAAGAGGUAGUUACCGCUACAAGUAUUUUUCGUAAUGGAGACGGAAAGACCACCCCCGGAAUGGUGCAGAAUGGAAUUGCUAGAACAAACUGUAUCGAUUGUUUAGACCGAACAAAUGCAGCGCAAUUUGUUAUAGGGAAAAGAGCCCUUGGCCACCAGCUUCACGCUCUCGGUAUUAUUACUGAAACUUAUCUUGCCUAUGAUACAGAUGCCAUCAACCUUUUUACUCAUAUGUACCAUGAUCAUGGUGACACUAUUGCGGUACAGUAUGGUGGGUCGCAAUUAGUUAAUACCAUGGAAACAUACAGGAAAAUUAAUCAGUGGACAAGUCAUUCAAGAGAUAUGGUAGAAAGCUUUAAACGAUAUUACAAUAACUCCUUUCUUGACGGCCAGCGCCAAGAAGCAUAUAAUCUUUUCUUGGGAAACUAUAAAUUUGAGCAUGGUAAGCCACUUCUCUGGGAUCUCGCCACUGAUUAUUAUCUCCAUCAUGCCAACCCUAGAUCUUUUUCCAGCAAAAAUCGCCGCUCCUAUAUUGAAUGGUAUACACCAGAAAACUUGAACAGAAGAUUAUCUCCAGAAUACAAAAUCACAUUCGAGGAAACUGUUGGUAAACCAUUAGGAUAUUUUGAUGAUUACUGGCUCGAGUACUAUAAGCCGCUUGCCUUAUCUUCUCUUCAAAAAAUUUACUCAUAUCCAGGCAAAAUGAAUUCAUCCUUACGAUAUAUUCCCGUCCGUUCUAUCCAUGAAGGAGUAUACAGCCUUUCGCCUUUUACAGUACGCACUCACUUCGAUCAAGAAUUAAAAAGGAUAAAACGGGGAGCAAUGAAUACGAAUCAAAUCGAUGAGCUAGAUCAGGUUGUGGAAGAUGAUAAUGCUUCUGUAAAAUCAGGAACAACUAAUAAUACAAAGCGUAUUUCAAUACAGCGCUGGCUUCAGCCCAUCCAUGAAAUUUCCUAUACAGGCCAUGCAGUGAAAGAAUCAACCAAUCUUUCUGAGCCUUCAAAGCAAAAAUUAACUCCCCUUGAUAAAAAUCGUGCAGCUCAGUGGACAUUUACUCAAGUAGUGCAUGAAUCACUUAACCCUAAAGUAUCAAUGCAGGAAGCAGAUGAUUAUGCUUAUUACAUUCUACACCCUCAAACUUUGCCGCUGGUCGUCCGAACGGAAACUCCAACAGACAGUGGAUCUGAGUACCUGGAUUACGUAAAUACAAGUUGGCAGGAUGUUGGUCUCAUGAAGAUACCUGACGAAGAUAACUCUAGCAGCUGUGGACUUGAAGAUUUAGCCGAGUAUAAAGCAUUCUUAGCUGUUGCUGAGAAUCCUUUGACCGUCACUGAAGAAGAUUUACCCAAGAAGCGAUACAAAGCCUACCGAAAAUGGCUAGUCGGAAAAAGUUUAUUUAAGCAGCAACCCAUUGAUUGA